AUGUCUGUUUCUGUACAAGAGCUGGACAACACGGUCCGCGCCUUCUUUGAAGGCAAGGGCGACGUGCAAAAACAAGCCCAGCAGACCCUCACCGAAUUCAAACAAAACCCUGAUGCCUGGGUCACUGUCGGAAACAUCCUGCAGGAGGCGACAUAUCCCCAGACCAAAUACAUCGCCCUCCAAGUCCUCGACGAUGUGAUCAUGACCCGAUGGAAAGUGCUUCCAAGAGAUCAGUGUCAAGGAAUCCGAAAUUUCAUUGUCAACUUCAUCAUCGAAAACUCCGGCUCAGAGGAGAAACUGCGAACCGAGCGCGCGUUCUUGAACAAAUUGAACCUGGUCUUGGUCUCCAUCCUGAAGCAGGAAUGGCCUCACAACUGGCCUACCUUCAUCAACGAGAUUAUCUCCUCCUGCCACUCCAGUCUCUCCAUCUGUGAAAACAACAUGGCAAUUCUGCGUCUCUUGUCCGAGGAGGUCUUCGACUUUUCGCAAGACCAGAUGACAUCGGUCAAGGCCCGGAACUUGAAAACCUCCAUGACCCAGGAGUUCGCCUCGAUCUUCCAACUUUGUUCCGAGGUUCUGAACACUGCCAACCAGCCAUCUUUGGUGAAGGCCACCCUCGAAACCCUACUGCGCUUCCUCAACUGGAUCCCAUUGGGCUACAUCUUCGAAACCCCCAUCAUCAACACACUUCUCACCCGAUUCUUGGGCGUCCCCGAAUUCCGCAACGUCACCUUGAAGUGUCUGACCGAGAUUGGUGGUCUGCAAAUUGGCGCCCCGUACAACUAUGACGAAAGACUCGUUCAUAUGUUUACGGAGACAUUGGAAUCCGUCUCCAGCGUCAUUCCCUUGACCUUGGACCUCAAGGAGACCUACGCGCAGAGCAACAGCAGAGACCAGGAGUUUGUGGCCAAUUUAGCUCUCUUCUUGUCCAGUUUCUUCAGUGCUCACUUGGACCUCAUCGAGAAACUGCCCAACCAAGAUUAUCUCACCCACGCCCACUUCUACCUGAUUCGCGUCAGCCAGAUUGAGGACCGAGAGGUCUUCAAGAUUUGCUUAGAUUACUGGACCCGACUGGUGCAGGAACUCUACGAAGAGAUGCAACAACUCCCCAUUACCGACAUCAACCCGCUCGUCUCGAUGGGUGUGAGUGGUUUGGCAAACGGCGGUGCCCCUCACCCCAGCACUCUCGCCAACUACCCCCUCCGCAAGCACAAGUACGAAAAGGUUCUCACAAACCUCCGUCAGGUCAUGAUUGAGAAGAUGGUUCGUCCUGAGGAGGUGUUGAUUGUGGAGAAUGACGAGGGCGAGAUCGUCCGUGAGUUUGUCAAGGAGAGUGACACCAUUCAGCUCUACAAGACUAUCCGAGAGUGUCUGGUUUACCUCACCCACUUGGAUGUCGUGGACACAGAGAACAUCAUGAUCGAUAAGCUGGGCAAGCAGGUGGACGGAUCGGAAUGGUCUUGGGUGAACUGCAACACCCUGUGCUGGGCGAUUGGUUCGAUCUCCGGAGCCAUGAAUGAGGAGACCGAGAAGCGUUUCCUUGUUACUGUGAUCAAGGAUCUGCUUGGUCUGACCGAGCAGAAGCGUGGAAAGGACAACAAGGCCGUGGUGGCAAGUAAUAUUAUGUACAUUGUGGGCCAGUACCCUCGGUUCUUGAAGGCGCACUGGAAGUUCCUGAAGACCGUGGUGAACAAGCUCUUUGAGUUCAUGCACGAGACACACGAGGGUGUCCAGGACAUGGCUUGCGAUACGUUCAUCAAGAUCGCCAACAAGUGUCGACGACACUUUGUGGCUUUGCAGCCCGGCGAGAAUGAGCCCUUCAUUGAGGAGAUCGUUCGCAACAUGCGGAAGAUCACCAUGGACCUUUCCCCACAGCAGAUUCACACCUUUUACGAGGCUUGUGGUUACAUGAUCUCUGCCCAGGGUCAGAAGGGUCUGCAAGAUCGACUCAUUGAGAACUUGAUGGCUCUUCCCAACACAGCCUGGGACCAGAUCAUUGCCCAGGCUAACCAGAAUGCUGCCAUUCUCCAGGAUGGCAACACGAUCAAGAUUAUCGGUAAUAUCAUGAAGACUAAUGUUGCCGCUUGCUCAUCAAUUGGAACCUACUUCUACUCCCAAAUUGGCCGCAUCUACCACGACAUGUUGAACAUGUACCGUGCGUCCAGUCAACUAAUCAAUGAUGCGGUGGCCAGUGAUGGACAAAUUGCCCCCAAGACACCUAAAGUCCGCGGCCUUCGAACCAUCAAGAAGGAGAUUCUGAAGCUUAUCGACACUUAUGUGGAGAAGUCAGAUGAUCUUGAGAUGGUUAACGCCAACAUGGUGCCACCUCUCCUUGAGGCAGUUCUCAUCGAUUACCACCGAAAUGUGCCGGAUGCACGCGAGGCGGAAGUCUUGAAUGUGAUGACAACAAUCAUUCACAAGCUCCACAACCUCAUGGAGGACAAGAUUCCGGCUAUUAUGGAUAGCGUGUUCACCUGCACGCUGGAGAUGAUCAACAAGGACUUCCACGAGUACCCUGAACAUCGCGUUCAGUUCUUCAAGCUGCUCCAGGCGAUCAACUUGUACUGCUUCCAAGCUCUGCUGAAGCUGGAUGCUUCUCAGUUCAAGUUUGUCAUCGACUCCUGCAUGUGGGCGUCGAAGCACGACAACCGGGAGGUGGAGAACACCGGUCUCACCAUGUGUCUGGAGUUGAUGAACAACAUGGCCGAGACUGAUGUUCAGACCACAACCAUUUUCUUCCGCCAAUUCUACAUCCCCAUUCUCCAGGAUGUUUUCUUUGUUCUCACUGACAGUGAUCACAAGGCGGGCUUCAAAUCCCAGGCCAUGCUUCUGUCUCGCAUGUUCUACUUUAUUGAAUCUGGAAAGAUUUCUGAGCCUAUCUACACCUCUGAACAGGCUCCUGCGGGCACCUCCAACAAGGAUUUUGUGCAGCAAUAUGUGGCCAACUUGCUUCAGAAUGCAUUCAAGAAUCUGCAAGAAGUGCAAAUCCAGCAAUUUGUCAUCGGAUUGUUCGCCUACACUGAAGAUCUUAACAAGUUCAAGACUCAUCUGCGUGACUUCCUGAUCUCACUGAAGGAGUUCUCCGACGACAAUGCCGAGCUUUACGCCGAAGAGCGCGAACAGGCUGUCCGGGAUGCACAGACUGCGGAGCGCAACCGCGCGAUGAAGGUUGGAGGCUUGCUGAAGCCUUCUGAGAUGGACCAGGAGGAUGAACUGUGA